ACAAGCACUCGAGGAAGAACAUAUCAGAAAAUUCAAGUCGUGGUUAUGAUUUCGACAUGAUCCGCAUCGCAGAGUAAAAAUAUGAGACACUUUCGGCAGAAUACCCAUCAUAGGCUUGCCUCUCAAAAUUUGUCAGACUUCAGGAAUUCUCUGCUAAUCGCUGCGUUCCGAAUCAUUGACAAAUGGCGUUGAGAAGGCUUCUGCGGCUUGUGACUGUUGUGGCUCAAGACUCGGUUAGGGUCAUUGGGGCGCGAGCCAGGAGAGGUACGCCAAGAAGCCGCUGGGAACCUCUGAGAGCCGCGGGGAACUGCUCGGGAGCCGCCGUUGUUGCUUCCGACCAACGAUAACUUCUUGUGUCAUCCUGCCCGAUUUGUGAAGUGGUGAUUGUGAAAGGCGAUUGGGAGCUACGCAUAUCUGGUGCUGAUGAUAGCCUGCAAGGAUUCUGGUUUUGGGGAUUUUGCGUUUCAAUGGUGCUUCCUUCGUUGCGCAUGAAGAGUGGGAGCAGACUGUAGUGGUUGGAGCUUGUAAAUUGGAAUGUAUAGAUCGAAGAUUGAAGUUUGAUUGCUCCUUCCCGUCUUCGUGCAGGUUAAUUUUUUUCAGGGUUGCUGUAUAUCAGGGCAUAAGUGUGGUGAGCUUCAAUUGCUUCAUAGUCGGCAGCUUGAAUCCUGCUGGGUGGAUUAGUCGCAUCAUGGACAAGCUCUAUUUAGAUCAAGAAAAUGAGCGGGAUGUGGACGAUCUGCUGGCACAAAUCAACGAUGAAAAUAUUUUGAAAAUGUCUGUUAAUAUUCAUCACAAGGGCGCUAACAGGAUGCGCACUCCGUUCUUGGAAGACCAAGAGCUGGGCAAUCAAGGAAUCAAUGCUGAGCUCGAAGCUCGCUACGCAAGUUUGAAAGCCCCACGCCCUAAAGCAAAGGAGAGGGGAACAAUCUCCAGAAAAUCGAAGCAGAUUGACAUCCUAAAGACUGACGUGUCCGCAAGUUCAAAACGGUGUAGUAAAGCGGCGUCAAAAGGGGAACAAAGUGUAUCUCAAUCAAAGGCUGCAGUGAGUGAUGAGGGGGACAGUUUGAAUGCAGAGUUGAUUGCCAGAUUCCAAGCACUGAAAGGGCCUUCGGUGCCUCAAGAGUUGUCAGAUGGAGAGGCUUCUUUAAAAUCUGGGAGCUCAGGAUCUAACACACCAAUCUUAAGUGAACACCUCAAAGCUUUAAAGACUCGCUCGAAGAAGUCUCCUCAGAUGUCUCCGUCUCGUCCAGAUUAUCCCCCUGGAGUAACUGUUUCCUCUACUUCCGUGGGUUCCUCUGGGUGGUGUGCCCCUGCAUCUCCUUUCAAGAUGAUGAGGGUGCUGAGCACUAAAAAGUCUGGUCCCGAUUCAUUGGGACCAGUUUCACGCUCUUCCUCGCAUUCCUCUCAGACUAGAGAUGCGAAAAAAGCAAUCAAGAGAAGCCUGUCGCACACAUCCAAAGAUGAUGAUCAAGAGGAUCCUUCAGCAGUUGUAGCAGAUGUUCAGAGGCUACUUGCAGCCGUUUCUAAGGAAGGACGCUCAGAGAGAGAACAGUGCACUGCAAAGGAAGCCUUGCUUGUAGAGAAUAAAAGAGCAUUUAACAUGAAGGAUCGAGAUACUGAACUUUUGAAAGCCAUGGAGGAUGAGGAGGCAAUAGCUCUGGAAGCGGAGAAGGUGGUGGAGUGGGCAAAGGACAACGCACGACUUGAAGGUUCUGAUGAGGAAUUUGAGGAUGAACUGGAUAUAGAGGUUACUGAUUCGGAUGAUUCUGACGACUCAGCAGGAGCGAAACUCAUGAACACGAAGAAGAAGACUAGCCUUCUUGAGGAUGCAGAUCCAGAGGAAUCGAAGAAACGAAAGGGACGGAGGCGGUGGAACUUCCUCUAAAUUUCUUGCGUAACUGGUUACAUAUUCUUGUGUAUGCUUCUUGUAAUACUGAGUUCCACAAUUGCGGCAUUGUUCAGAUUUUCUUUUAAAAAAUGACGUAUCUGUUCGAAAGUACUCAGUGAAAUAUUCUAGAGUUUUCUUGACACACCUGGGUGUUGUUCCUCAGUGUAUCAUAACAAGAUGUAUCCCGUGGUUAAUUCCUGCCAGAUGGAGCUCGCAGAUGUUAAUUUCUAUUUUGUAGGUGAACAUGUAUUUUGGAGUAAUCGGAAAUUUUACUAUUGCGCUGCGUGGAAGCAAGGCGAAGCAUAUGUCUAUGGCUUCGCAGAAAUAUGCGCUCACUGCAUCCGGGGAUUUGCACCAAAAGGGUUGAGAACAUGAUCUAUCCUACUGAUAGUUUACAGGCCUAUAUGAUGGUGCUAUCAAGUAAAACGCACUACCUUCUUUAUAAAACUUUGGAAAGUCCAUUGGUUAAGCUGCAGUAAGGAAUGAGGUUCAUACGUUUUGCCAAGUUCACCUUUCUGCUCAUUCAAUCUUGAGCGUGUCAGGAUCUCUUCUCUUA